GGUAAUAAUAGUUUGAGCUGUUAGGAUCCAUUACGAUUUUCGCUCUCUAUUACCAAUUUUUUGGGUGCGGAAAUGGUUUCUGGGUUGUUUUAGGAUCUCGCAUUGAGUAUGGGAAAGAACCUAUUGUAUCGAAGUGAUAUCGGGUACCGAGCAUUAGAUUCCGAUAAUUCAGCACAGUACUUAAAGUUUUGGCCUUGUUCUGCGUAAAUUGCUUACAGCUGAUUGAUUACUAUUUUAAACAAUCUCUAGAAAACGUGUAAACAUAGAAAAUAUUUUCUAAAGUAAAAGAAUAUACCAUAUAGAAUGAGUUUUCACAAUUGGUUAUUACGGCGUGAAAACGGCCUCCUACAAAGUCACGGCGAUCAGGAUUUUAUUAUGCGUCGAGUUUACAAAUCGAUGAGACCUUUAUACCAAUGGAACGACAAAUAUAGUAAAGUUAAUAACACCUUGGGGACAGUAAAUGUUGGUGGUGUAUUCAACUUGGAAUUCUCACCAGAAGGGAAUUUGUUGGUUGCUGCUUGUGAAAAAAAGGCAAUUGUACUGUUUGAUGUUGUCAGUAGACAAUCCGCACAGAAAAUCAUGGACGCACAUUCUUCAAAUGUUAACUGCAUCAAAUUCCUGGAUAGUAGACAUUUUGCCACCUGCUCUGAUGACACUACGGUCGCCCUUUGGGAUUUGCGUUUCAUGAAAACGAAGAUGCGUAGUCUUCAGGGACAUUCAAACUGGGUUAAAAGCAUUGAGUAUUCUAAAAAAGAUAAUUUGUUGGUGACCUCGGCAUUUGAUGGAAGUAUAUUUACGUGGGAUAUUAAUUCAUAUACUGAACAAGGACUGAUAUAUCAAAAAGUGUUCCAUACAAGUGGCUUAAUGCGAUGCCGCAUAACACCUGAUUGCUCAAAACUUAUAUUAUGCACCACUGGCGGAUACCUAAUGGUCAUUCAUGAUUUAGACUUAACAACAUUACACAAGGAUUUAUGCGGGUUUCGACCAAUUAUAUAUAGACUGAUGCAGAUGGGCAAACAGUAUAUACCUCAAGCAGCCAAGUUUGAUCACGUGUUUUCUAAAAAGCAAAAGAAGAAUCGAGUGGAACUUGUUACGGAUUUCCCAGAAGAAAACGACGCAGAAGUCAUAUUAUCGUUGGAGGUGCACCCAAGAGGGCAUUGUUUUCUUAGCCGAAAUCUAAGUUAUGAUGGCGUAACGGAAUGGUUGACAGUGCAUGAUUUAGAAGAAGAAUCAGAUGAUAUAACUGAGAGUGUAAAGAAGUGUAACAACGACGGAAAUAAGAGAAAGCGCAAACGAGAAGCUGACACAGACAAAGAUGAUGCUGUUGCUGAGCACAGUCGUCCGGCAACCGGCAGCAGAGAAAGUACGGAGGAUGUAUUAUUUAAUGUUAAUCGCAGAAUUCGUGGCCCUCGAUUGCCAACUCGUACAGAUCCAGUUACAAUGAUGCCACUGCGCCAGUAUGGAGAAGCGUCUGGAAGCAAUAAUACUGGCAGUGGUAACACAGAUGGCAACUCCGCCAGUAGUAAUAGCACCAUGCCUACAUUUGUACCCGAUAUUUGGGCAGCCGAAGUUACUAUGCAGGACAGAGCUUUACGACAAAAUCGAGACAGAGAAACCAACACCACGAAUGUCUACAACUUUGUUUAUGCAAUUAGCAGCGGAGUGCUGCCUGCAGCAACACAUAAUAGCGAUGCUAGCUUGUCGUCGCCUAUGUCCAGAAAUUCGGGAUUUAGAUUAAUGCGGGGUGCUACAGUAUACGUAAGCAGCGACGAAAGCAGUACUUCAAGCGAUGAAUCUCCACCAAACCAUCGACGAAGGAAUAGGCCGCGGCCCUUAUCGCCUGUAUCUUUAUUGUCAACAGCAUCUUUAAGACAAAUAGAAAAUCAUUCCGAUCGACAAAUUUUUCAGAACCCUGAAAAGUUGACGUAUUACUCUAAAGAAUUGAACAAGGAAAAAACAUUCAUAAAGGAACCAUGUUUUUCAUCGGAUGGUCGCAUAAUUUGCUCGCCAUAUGCGACUGGAGUGCGAUUACUAGGAUUCUCCGACGAAUGCGCAAAUUAUUCAAUCCAUCGCAAUUACUCGAGUACUGAUAGAAAAGCCAAGCCAUUGUCAGAGAUUCUUACAAUGAGGGCUCAUUCAGACAUAGUUUUAAGUACGAGAUUCAGUCCUCGCGAGCCACUAUUGGUGACCGGUUGUUGCAGUGGAAAAAUAGUAUGGUAUCAGCCAAAUCUUUAAAAAAAGUAUACAAAGGGUAUACAUACGUAAUGGAUUGAAAUUAAUUAAUUUACAUUAACUAAUUUGCUUUUCUAUUUACAUAGUUAUCUGAAUGUUAUACAUACAAACAUACAUAUAUAGAAACAUGUUUUUUUAUUUCACUACCAUACAAAAGCAUUGUAGCAUAUUCAAUUCAAGGCACUUGGGAAAAAAAAUGGUCCUUAAUGGCUUGCAUCUGUUUUAUUUGAAUAAAUUUCAUAUAAUUUAAAUAAACUACA